ACGCUGACGUCGGCGUCGUUCUUUGUAUUGAUUCGAAUUUGGAUUCAGUCGAUGAGUUUCUCUCGCUUCUGCGCGUUGCGUUUUUCGCAGUGUUUCCGCGAUUUUUCGUUUUCGUUGUCGUUGUCGUCAUCGUUGUGUGCGCCGCCUCGCCUCCUCUCAUUUCAGCCCCCUUUUCGUACAGCCGUGAGCGGCUGUCACAGUUCCAGACGCUGCUUCCACCACAACGAUCCGCCGUUAUCACGGGAAUAGAUAAUAAAAACACCAUAAUAUAAAGCCUGUUACUUGUUUGCCGAAAGCAAAAACAAAAAACAAAAAAAAAAAACAACAAAAAAUCUAACUAACUGUUACAAACGAAUACGAAUAAUAAUAAUAAGAGUGCCUUUGACCAGCCGAGACGACGGUGACGGUGACGGUGGUGACAUCAGAGUCUAAAUCUAGCGCCAACAGAUUUUAAUUCCGUGAACUAGGCGACGCCGCACAGUAAAAGUAAGCUGGCUGCAUGAAAAACAUUACCAGCUCGAGCACUUGCGGCACUGGGCUGCUGCAACUGCGGAACAACCUCGGCUGCACUGAGUUGGACGUUGCGGAGAAAACAGAACAACAGGCAGUUGGACCCGGCACCAUACCAUCACCGUGGACACCAGUGAAUGCCGGUCCUCCAGGUGCACUUGGAUCGGCAGACACAAAUGGCAGCAUGGUGGAUAGUAAAAACCUGGAUGUUGGUGAUAUGAGCGAUGACGAAAAGGAUCUUUCGUCCGCUGAUGCCGAAGGUGUAUGGAGCCCAGACAUCGAACAGAGCUUUCAAGAGGCUUUAUCUAUUUAUCCGCCGUGCGGACGUAGAAAAAUCAUCUUAUCCGACGAGGGUAAAAUGUACGGUCGCAACGAACUGAUCGCACGAUACAUCAAACUGCGCACGGGCAAGACGAGAACCAGGAAACAGGUCAGCUCGCACAUCCAAGUGCUUGCUCGGCGGAAACUCCGCGAGAUCCAGGCGAAAAUCAAAGUUGAAACCAAUGGUGUGUCCUUGCAUUUGUUGAAUGAGAAAGAGCAGACGUUGCAGGUCAUGAGCACAAUGACCAGUUCGCAGAUCGUCUCCGCCCAAGCGGCCAACAAUCUGGCAUUGGCCGCCUCGGCAUUAUCGGCAUCGGUAUCGGUAUCAUCGGUGUCGUCGGUGUCUGGUGGUGCAGUUGGUGGUGCACUUGGCGGUGCAGUUGGCGGUGCAGUUGGCCACCAUGCGAGGCAUCUCUCUUUGACCCAUUCCCUGCCCCUGCAUCGGCAUCCCGCGGUAAUGGGCAAUGCCUCAUCCGCCUCCACCUCCGGACCGCCGACUUUGGCUCCUUCGCCACGGCAGCAGCACCACUACCACCAUCACCACCAUGCGCACCUACCAGCCCACCAGCACCAUCAGCACCACCACCACCACCACCAUUCCCAUUCACAUCCCCAUUCGCAUUCGCAUUCGCAUCCCAACUUGCCGCCGCACCUACCGCAUAGUCAUAUGCAUCCCCAUCACCAUCACCAACAUGCGGCAGCCGUUGCGGCGGUGUAUCACCUACAACAGCAACAGCAGCAGCAGCAGCAACAGCAACAGCAACAGCAGCAACAGCAACAUCGCCUCAGCGAUACGGACAAUGUGGAUUCAGUGGCUCAAAGUGGAUCCACAGCGGCGACGCCACCACCUGCUCCUCCGCCGCCGGUGCCACUGCACCACCCGCCGUUGUAUUCUGGCCAAUUCUGGCAGCCAGGACUCCAGCCGAGCACGUCCCAAGAUUUCUAUGAUUACAGCAUCAAGCCCUUCGCCCAGCCGCCCUAUCCCGCCGGCAAGCCCUCGACGGCCGUAUCCGGGGACGAGGCCGGCAUUCCGCCCUCACAACUGCCCUGGGAGGGCCGAGCCAUUGCCACGCACAAAUUCCGCCUACUCGAGUUCACGGCGUUCAUGGAAAUCCAGAGAGAUGAUAUGUAUAACCGUCACCUGUUUGUUCAACUGGGCGGCAAGCCAUCCUUUUCCGAUCCCUUGCUUGAGACUGUCGAUAUCCGACAGAUAUUCGACAAGUUUCCGGAAAAGUCCGGGGGGCUCAAAGAUCUCUACGAAAAGGGUCCACAGAAUGCGUUCUACCUGGUUAAGUGCUGGGCGGACCUAAACACCGACCUGACGACCGGCAGCGAAACGGGUGAUUUCUAUGGCGUAACCAGCCAAUAUGAAAGCAACGAGAAUGUCGUGCUCGUGUGCUCCACGAUCGUUUGCUCUUUUGGCAAGCAGGUGGUGGAGAAAGUGGAAAGCGAGUACUCUCGACUGGAGAACAAUCGCUACGUCUACCGUAUUCAGCGAUCACCGAUGUGCGAGUACAUGAUCAACUUCAUUCAGAAGCUGAAGAACUUGCCGGAACGCUACAUGAUGAACAGUGUGCUGGAGAACUUUACAAUAUUGCAAGUAAUGCGAGCACGCGAAACGCAGGAGACUCUUUUGUGCAUAGCCUAUGUUUUUGAGGUGGCGGCUCAGAACAGCGGCACCACCCACCACAUAUACCGUCUGAUUAAGGAAUAGCAAAA